AUGUCCAACUUUACAGACUUUGUUUCACAGGUCAACCAGUCGAUCCACUCUGUCAAUGUCACGGAGUUGACUAGAGCCUUGUUGGCUACCAAUUUCACCAACUCUAAGCUUUUCACCACAUCGGAUUCGAUUUUCCCCGUUCAGAUUUCACUCUCUGUUAUACUAGGUCUUAUUCCUAUUAUAGUUUUUCUUUUGAGAAGAUCCAAGAAGAAUAUUGAGAAGCCCACCAAGUUUGAGUUCCCUGCUCCUGAAGAGGCUAAGCCCAACUGGAAAGGCCGUCGUCUUGUUCCUGCAGACAUUUAUCAGGAGAAUGAUCCAGAUAACAUCUAUUGCUAUUGUCCCGCAACUGCACAGUACUUGGGAAAGUUUAAAUCCAACACUAAGGAGGAAGUUGAUGUUGCCAUUGCUCAUUGUCGUAAGGCUCAACAGAACUUCUAUAGAGAUCCAGAGUUUUCUUUAAAGCGCCGUAAAGUUCUCAGAACCCUUAACGAAUUCAUCAUUCGCAACCAAGAGACAAUUGCUCGUGUUGCUUGCCGUGAUUCGGGCAAGACUAUGGUGGAUGCCUCAAUGGGUGAGAUCAUGGUGACUUUAGAAAAGAUCAAUUGGAUACUCAACAACGGUGAAGCAGCUUUGAAACCUUCAAGAAGACCGGGACCUUCUAGUAUGUUAAUGAAAUACAAGACUGCUGAGGUUUGGUAUGAGCCACGUGGUGUGGUGGGUGCUUUAGUCUCUUGGAACUAUCCUUUCCAUAAUAUGUUAAACCCUGUCGUUGCUGCCAUUUUUUCUGGUAACGGUAUCGUUGUGAAAUGUAGUGAGCGUGUCAGAUGGUCUUCUGAAUACUUUGUCAAUCUAGUGAAAACGGCACUUCGAGUUUGUGAUAUCGAUGAUGAUCUUGUCCAAUUGAUCUGCUGUUGGGGUAAAGACGGUGAUCUUGUAUCAGGAAACCCAGGUUUUGAUCAUCUUACAUUCAUUGGCUCGAUUCCGGUAGCCAAGCAUGUUCUUCGUGCAGCCAGUGAGGUUGUCACUCCAGUCGUCGUUGAAUUGGGUGGCAAAGACGCUGUUUUAAUAUGUGAAGAUUAUUUGAAAAAGAAGGGAGUCAAUGGUAUUGCAUCUGUAGUUAUGCGUGGAACUUUUCAAAGUGCAGGUCAGAACUGUAUUGGUAUUGAACGUGUCAUUGUGUCGGGAGAUAGUGAUAAUUAUGAAAGGUUUGUUCAGGAGUUGGCCAAAAAAGUGGCCACCCUCCGGGUAGGCUCUGCAAUCGAUCAAAAUGAGGAGAUUGAUAUGGGUGCCAUGAUAAUGGGUGGUGCCAAAUUUGACGAGCUAGAAUCGUGGGUGGAAGAGGCUGUCAAACACGGUGCCCGUUUACUUCAUGGAGGUAAGCGAUACACUCAUCCAAACUAUCCUCAAGGACAUUACUUCGAACCUACACUUCUUGUUGAUGUUGAUCCAACGUGUAAGUUGGCCACAAAUGAAGUGUUUGGACCUGUAUUGUGUGUUAUACAUGCAAAAGAUGAUGAUGAAGCAUUAAAUUUGGCCAACAGCACGAUCUUCGGACUUGGAGGUUCCGUUUUCUCCACUAAUUUUGCAAGGGCCAAACGGUUAACUGCCGGUAUGCGUGCAGGUAACGUUGCCAUCAACGAUUUCGCUACAUUCUAUGUAUGCCAGCUUCCGUUUGGUGGAGUGGGUGGGUCCGGUUAUGGAAAAUUUGGUGGAGAAGAGGGUUUGAGAGGUCUCUGCCUAGAGAAGUCUGUCUGCUACGACAAAACGAGUCUUAUCUCAACCUCGAUUCCAAAUGUCAUAGAUUAUCCCAUUUCAAACGGUAAAAAAGCCUGGAAAUUUGUUUCUGCUUUGUGUAAGGCGGGUUAUGAUUACAGUGCUUGGCAAAGAGUCAAGGCCGUCGUCACUUUGGCCAAGAAUGCCAACUGA